AACACAAACAGCAGUGAAAGAGGGGACAGAGAUUCAGUAUUUGAACCAGAGACCACAGGAAAGAAGCGAGGAGUGUCUGUACAUUUCUACGAAGGAUGGAACGCAUGCUAACUUUGUUUCUGCUGUGUCCAUUUGUAUUUUUUACCAUCGUGACAUCUGAACAUGACAAUGUAUGUUAUAGGCCUAUGCUGGCUGCCAACAUUGAGCUGGAUGGACUCCAGAGGUUCUUUAGCCCCGGUGUGGAGUUAGCGCUGUCCUGCAAACAGGGAUACACCCCUGUGUCAGGCCCUCGGAAGAUUGUUUGCGCUGCCAGUGGAGAAUGGACGAAAACCAAAUUAUUGUGCAUACCAAAACGGUGUCCCUAUCCUGAUACAUUGUCUAAUGGAGAAUUGUACUAUGAAGAUAUUGUGUUCCAGAGUAUGAUCAACUAUACCUGCGAUGAAGGGUACACCAUGACUGGAGACAGCACUGCUGUGUGCCUUGCGGAUGGCACAUGGAGCACACGAGUACCACAGUGCAAGCCUGUGACCUGCGGUCACGCUCCGAUCCCGCAGUUUGGGAUGAUAAUUUAUGACAAGAGGAUCAGCGGGAACACCACUGAUCACGGCGUUGGGGGGACAUACAAGUGUCUGCCUCCAUACAGUGUUAUUGGCAACGCAAGAGCAGAGUGCACUAUCAACGGCAACUGGACCAAGACACCUGAAUGUCAAGUGGUGACCUGCCCUCCACCAGAGAACAUUGACAAAGGCUACAUGUCAAGCAACGAUCAGAGAGAAUAUGACUACAUGGAAACGGUCAAAUAUGGAUGCAAUGGAGACUAUGUACUUGAAGGAAGCCUCCAAAUUGUUUGUGAGCAGAAUAGGAAUUGGUCUGAAAAGCCAUCCUGCAAAGCUCCUUGCCGUGUUGACAUAAAGAAAGCAAGGAUAUUAUACAAUGGAAGAAAAAUCUGGAUCGAAGACCUAAGUCCUAACAGAGUCUUGCACACAGAGAUUGUCUCAGUCUACUGCAAGGAUAAGGUCAGGAAUUGUGGUUUUGCAGUGCAAACCCAGUGCAUAGAUGGAAAACUCCAAAUCCCUGAAUGCUUUGAACAGCCCAGUGGUAUUGAUUAUAAUCUUCAUUCAAGUUCACUUCCAUCAGAAAUCACACAGUGUUGAAACAGCAGCAAAUUCCUUCUCUGAUGAUUAUUAAAAUACUGCAAUAUCUAA